CCGGGGGGCGGCGGCGGCGGCCGUGUGGGCUGAGGCGGCGAGGACAGCGCGGGUCCCCGGGCCUCUCCCCUGAGCCGGCUGCCCGGGCUGCUCCGCCGAGGCCCCGUCAGCCUCCGCCCCUUCAGCCUCGGGGCCGGGCCCGCAGCCGCUUCUGAACGCGGAGGCCGGGAGCCCCUGCCUGGGCCCGGAGCCUCCCCUCGGGGGUCGGGCCCGGGCGGGGGGCCCCCCGAGCCGCUGCCCUCCUCACCGGCCUCCGAGCCCCAUUUCCUGCUUUUUCAGUUUCCUUGGGGAGGGGCGGGUGGGUUCAGAUGAAUUGUUCCGGGGGUCCCCGAUGAGGCGGGCCCGGGGGCCGCGCUCUUUUUAGAGGGUCCCCGCGGGGCCCGGGUGGGGCAGCGGUUGUCUUUGCAUGGGCGGGGGACUUCCCGAGUCUGCCGGGACCAUGACCUGAACUGUGCGAGCGGGACGUGUCCGAAGCUCGAGAGCCAGCUCACCUGAGCAGCCCCUCCCCCGGCCAGCAUGGCAUCUGAAGAAGCCUCCCUCAGGGCAUUGGAAAGUCUCAUGACAGAAUUUUUCCACGAUUGUACAACCAAUGAAAGAAAACGUGAGAUAGCCUUGUUUUGUUGCUGUUUAACUUUUCCAGAGGAGCUUCUUGAUAACUUUGCCCAGCAAAUAGGAGCCUGGAGACUCUGCCUAUACUUCCUCUCCAGCACUGGGAAUGACUAUGUCAUGAUGUAUAGUUUAACGGUGUUUGAGAAUCUGAUCAAUAAAAUGUGGCUUGGGGUCCCAUCUCAAGAUAAGAUGGAAAUCCGUAGCUGUCUGCCCAAACUCCUUUUGGCUCACCACAAAACCUUACCUUACUUUAUCCGGAACAAGCUCUGCAAAGUUAUUGUUGAUAUUGGCCGUCAAGAUUGGCCCAUGUUCUACCAUGACUUUUUUACGAACAUUUUACAGUUGAUCCAGUCCCCCGUGACAACCCCCCUUGGGCUGAUCAUGUUGAAGACGACUUCAGAAGAGCUGGCUUGUCCCCGCGAGGACCUCAGCGUGGCUCGGAAGGAGGAGCUGCGGAAGCUGCUGCUGGACCAGGUGCAGGCCGUGCUCGGGCUGCUGACAGGUAUCUUGGAGACUGUCUGGGACAAACACAGUGUCACUGCUGCCACCCCACCACCAUCCCCGACCCCAGGAGAAAGUGGUGACUUACUGAGUAACCUGUUGCAGAGUCCUAGUUCAGCCAAACUGUUGAAUCAGCCAAUCCCCAUCCUUGAUGCGGAGAGUGAGUAUAUCUGUUCCCUGGCCUUGGAGUGCCUGGCCCAUCUCUUCAGUUGGAUUCCUCUGUCUGCCAGCAUCACCCCAUCCCUCCUAACCACCAUCUUCCACUUUGCGCGCUUUGGCUGUGACAUCCGGGCCAGAAAGAUGGCGUCUGUUAACGGCAGCAGCCAGAACUGUGUGUUGGGUCAGGAGCGCGGCCGGCUUGGGGUCCUGGCCAUGUCCUGCAUCAAUGAACUCAUGUCCAAGAACUGUGUGCCUAUGGAAUUCGAGGAGUAUUUACUACGUAUGUUCCAGCAGACUUUCUACCUCCUGCAGAAAAUCACCAAGGAUAACAAUGCCCACACGGUGAAGAGCAGGCUGGAAGAACUCGAUGAGAGUGUCUGUAAUCCUCUUUGGUUUCAGAGUGUGGGGCUCCUGAUGAGGAAUGGACACGUAGGUGGUAAUGGAAUGAAGGGUUGCCUGACCUGUAGUUACAUCGAGAAGUUUACUGACUUCCUGAGGCUCUUUGUGAGUGUCCACCUGAGAAGAAUCGAGUCCUACUCCCAGUUCCCCGUGGUGGAGUUUUUGACGCUUUUGUUCAAGUACACAUUUCAUCAGCCUACUCAUGAAGGUUACUUCUCUUGUUUGGAUAUCUGGACGCUCUUUUUGGACUAUCUGACAAGUAAAAUUAAAAGCCGUCUGGGAGACAAGGAAGCAGUUCUCAACAGGUACGAAGAUGCUCUAGUCCUUUUGCUCACAGAGGUGUUGAAUCGAAUCCAGUUCAGAUAUAACCAGGCCCAGUUGGAGGAGCUGGAUGACGAGACUCUGGAUGACGAUCAGCAGACAGAGUGGCAGCGAUACUUGCGCCAGAGCUUGGAGGUGGUGGCCAAAGUGAUGGAGCUCCUUCCCACACACGCCUUCUCAACACUGUUCCCAGUUCUUCAGGACAAUUUAGAAGUUUAUCUGGGGUUACAGCAGUUUAUAGUUACUUCAGGGUCAGGACACAGGUUGAACAUCACUGCGGAGAAUGACUGCCGGCGAUUGCACUGCUCCCUGAGAGACCUGAGCUCCCUCCUGCAGGCCGUGGGCCGGCUGGCCGAGUACUUCAUCGGGGACGUGUUUGCGGCGCGGUUCAGUGAUGCCCUCACAGUCGUGGAGAGGUUGGUCAAAGUCACUCUGUAUGGAUCUCAGAUAAAAUUGUACAACAUUGAAACUGCUGUACCGUCAGUACUGAAACCUGAUCUCAUCGAUGUGCACGCUCAGUCCCUGGCUGCUCUGCAGGCUUACUCUCACUGGCUAGCGCAGUAUUGCGGUGAAGCUCAUCGUCAGAACACACAGCAGUUUGUUACGCUCAUCUCCACCACCAUGGAUGCAGUCACACCUCUGAUCAGCACCAAGGUCCAGGACAAGUUGCUGCUGUCUGCGUGCCACUUACUGGUCUCCCUGGCCACCACCGUGCGGCCCGUCUUUCUGAUCAGCAUCCCCGCGGUGCAGAAAGUGUUCAACAGAAUCACUGAUGCCUCUGCUCAGCGACUCAUCGAUAAGGCUCAGGUGUUGGUGUGCCGAGCCCUCUCUAACAUCCUGCUGCUUCCGUGGCCGAACCUCCCCGAGAAUGAGCAGCAGUGGCCUGUGCGCUCCAUCAACCAUGCCAACCUCAUCUCCGCACUCUCGCGGGACUAUCGCAACCUGAAACCCAAUGCUGUUGCCCCUCAGAGGAAGAUGCCACUGGAUGACACCAAAGUGAUUAUCCACCAGACACUUAGUGUCUUAGAAGACAUCGUGGAGAAUAUCUCCGGGGAGUCCACCAAGUCCCGGCAGAUCUGCUACCAGUCGCUGCAGGAAUCUGUGCAGGUCUCCCUGGCCCUCUUUCCAGCUUUUAUCCAUCAGUCAGAUGUGACCGAUGAGAUGCUGAGCUUCUUCCUCACUCUGUUUCGAGGCCUUAGAGUACAGAUGGGCGUGCCUUUCACGGAGCAGAUCAUACAGACUUUCCUCAACAUGUUUACCAGAGAACAGUUGGCCGAGAGCAUCCUCCACGAAGGCAGCACUGGAUGCCGGGUGGUGGAGAAGUUCCUGAAGAUCCUGCAGGUGGUGGUCCAGGAGCCUGGCCAGGUGUUCAAGCCUUUCCUCCCCAGCAUCAUCGCCCUGUGCAUGGAGCAGGUGUAUCCCAUCAUUGCCGAGCGCCCCUCCCCUGAUGUGAAGGCUGAGCUGUUUGAGCUCCUUUUCCGGACGCUCCAUCACAACUGGAGGUACUUCUUCAAGUCCACUGUCCUGGCCAGUGUGCAGAGGGGUAUUGCCGAGGAGCAGAUGGAGAAUGAGCCUCAGUUCAGUGCCAUCAUGCAGGCUUUUGGACAGUCCUUUCUCCAGCCUGACAUCCACCUGUUUAAACAAAAUCUCUUCUACUUGGAAACUCUCAACACCAAGCAGAAGCUGUACCACAAGAAGAUCUUCCGGACCACCAUGCUGUUUCAGUUUGUGAACGUGCUGCUGCAGGUCCUGGUUCACAAGUCCCACGACCUUCUGCAGGAGGAGAUCGGCAUUGCCAUUUACAACAUGGCUUCUGUGGACUUUGACGGCUUCUUUGCAGCCUUCCUCCCAGAGUUUCUGACCAGCUGUGACGGCGUGGAUGCCAACCAGAAAAAUGUGCUGGGGCGGAAUUUCAAGAUGGAUCGGCCGUUAGGUCUCUGCACUUGCCUGCUAGGCUCUUCCUGGAACUCUUCCCGUGGAACGAGUCCGUUUCAUCCUUCACCGCCUGACACGCGGCAGAAUGAAACCUUUCUCCCUCAUCCUCGUGGUGUCCCUGCCUUGCCUCCUGCGCUGGAGCAGCCGGCCCGCAGUCCCACUUCCGUGUGCAGACUUACACGGGGCUCUUGCUGGAGCAAAUUCUGCUCACUCCUUGCUUAUCUCAUCUGUGAUAUGCAUCAGGGACCUGCCCUCGUUCACCCAGAAUGUGCACAGGCUGGUCAACGACCUGCGUUACUACAGACUCUGCAAUGACAGCCUGCCCCCCGGCACCGUGAAGCUCUAGCACGGCCUGCUUACCGCCAGGGGACGCGCGCUCCGGCUGUUACCCGCCUCCCCUCUGCCCUCUGCCACCUGCCACGGACGGCGCCCGGACAGGCCUCGGCCGCUCCCUGGAUUCUCGCACCCUGGACAGUGGUGCCUGCCCCCCGCCCCUCUCCAUGCUCCUCUCCUGUUGCCCACCCAGCCGAGCUGGCUGCAGGGUGCAUCUUAGCACUGGUUGGAGUGCGCAGAGCACCGGGAGCAGGCAGAGGGUCGUGCGACCAGGUUCCAGGGAGGCCCCAGGGAAUCCUGCGGGCUGGUCCGCGCCAUGCCCGCGGACAUCAGCCAUGAGGCAGAAACGCCAAGGACCGCUCAUGACAGUGCCACCUUCUUACCAUUCCGCCCCCGGCCCAGCCGGCCCCGGAGAGACUUGAUGCUGGAACUGUUUUGGCACUUCUGUCAAGCCUCUCCUGCCCUGCCCUCCGAUUGCCUUGAAGUCUCUGCUCUUCAUCAGAGAUUUGCAGACUUGUGGGUUUUUUUGUUCUUGUUUUCUCAUCAUUCCAUUGUGAUACUAAGAAACUAAGAAGCUUAAUGAAAAAAUAAAACGCUUAUGUUGUUGUUAUAUAAA